UUAAAAAGUACUGCAGCUGUCAUUUUCACUGCUUGAUUUGUGCUCCACGCUUUUAGGUUAAUUUGCACCUUAUUGUUUUAGAAAAUCGAUUAAAAUGACAAAAUUACGCAAACAGAGACGAAGAAAAGUUUACCGACACAACGUAAACCGAAAAAGACUCCGAAACAAAAUACACGGUGUAGGAAAAAUUUCAUGCAAAGAAAUUAAAAGCGCGUGGGACCAACGCAAGUCGAUUCAAACCAACUUACAAGAAAUGGGGUUGUCCUAUGACCCCAACAAAACCAUUAAAAUUCCUAGCAACAAACAGAAACUAAAAGUAUCGAUUGCUUCAAAUGACAACGAAUGGGAGGAAGAACACAUGGAGGCACAACCCACAAAAUUGCACGUCGUUGAGAGUUUGGAAGAGGAUGCUAGAGCCCCAAGAGUUAAAAUGUUCCGACUGCCAAAGGGACAGGUGGAAUGGAUAACUUACCUGAUGGAUACAUAUGGGAAGAACUACAGAGCAAUGGCCAGGGACAAGAAAAAUUACAAUCAAGAAACGUGGAAGCAGAUUAGAGCGAAAAUAAAGAGAUUUAAGAGUAUUCCAGAACAGUACUCUGAGUAUUUGAAGGCAAGAAACUUGAAUGAUGGAGAUGGUGAAAGUGAUGACCUAUCAGACGAUGAAGUUUAAAAUAAACAGUCAUUUGUACCUAUUUAUAAUGAAAAAUACCGUAUAAAUUUUA